AUGGGUUUUGGGCACGCAUCUGCCGGCGACGGCUUCGACAGGCCUCGGGCAGGCCACGGCAGCUCUCGAGGCUCAGCCCUGAAUUUCGAGCACGUUGUCGCACGUGCUGCCUCUUUGAACCUGACGGCCGCUCAGGUGGAACAGCGUCGGCUGAACAUGGUUGCAGCUCAGAUCCAGAGCUUUGAUGCGGCGUACGGCGGAGGCGCCCAGGCCGGCUCGGCCGGCGCCCCUGCCGCCGGCCCCCGAGACCCUGCCUUGGUCUGUGGCACGGGCGGACAGUUCGUGGCCCACACAAGUGGGCUGAGCGGCUGGCGAGGCUAG